CAGCCAAAAUUCCUGGAAUGUUGGAGGCAACCAUGAUGAAGCUGAAGUUUUGUAAUAGUCAGAACUAAAAGGGGAGGGGACAGAUCUGGCAUACCAUGAGAAGCAGUGACUAUAAGUGUGGCCAAACAGGAUGCAGCAACACACAACCACCUACAGCUGAACGUGGAUUGAUCCAUUGAUCCUACUAUUUCCGUUCACUGGAUUCUUCUUGCAUUUGCAGCUAAAUUUGAAAAGCAAUGGCACUGUGCAGCUUCAUCGUCUUCUCUAUUAGCUGGUCUGCUGUGCUCCAUGAAGGAUUCGGUUUACCUGUGAAAAAUCAGCCUGAUGAAAUUGUCCCACAUAGACAGCGCACAAAACGAUGCUCUUGCAUUAACCAGCUGGACUCUGAAUGCUACUACUUCUGCCAUCUGGACAUCGUCUGGGUGAACACACCAGGUAAGACCACUGUAUAUGGGCUGGGUAGUCCAUUGGCCCGACGCCGCAGAUCUACAGGCCGCUGCUUCUGUGACAAUCCUGCUGACCAAACCUGUAACACCUUCUGCUCCCACAGGAUUCAUCAUGUCUUUAGCCCAAAUAUCACAGCUGUCCUGCUGAAGAGCUUUUCUGAACCGCUGCAGGAAAAAUCAGAGCUUAACUCAGACCUCCAUGUUGCUCAUGUUGAGUUUCUGACAUUGCUCAGGAACUUGAUGAGAGCUAAAUCCAGGGCCAUGAAGAUGGCUCAUACAGUCAAGCCUAAAAGCUUGAGGGCACAUAAGCAAGGCCCCAGGUGAAGGUUUUAUGGGGAUGGUAGUGUGGAGAUUGAGCACUUGAACAAAACACAACCCCGAGAACUGUGGGGUAGAAGCAUGAAUAAGACGUCACAUACAGAAGACGCAACCUGGGAGACUGAAAAGGCAGGAAAUAGCAGGACAGGGGAAGCAACAAUGAAGGUCAUGCCUUUAAAUCAUGUAGAAAUGUUUAGAUACAAUGAAGUAGACAAGCAAGUGAUGAAGAAGGUCUAUGUGGCUAAAACUUCUGAAGAAUGUGAAUGCUCAGGGUGUACUUGGCUGAUAACAGGGAAGAUUCACACAUGAAUCUUUGGCAACCGAAUAGGAUAAGUAUUGACAGCAUUUAUAUUGGGUUUGAAGAAGAAAACAAACAACUUUUCUUUUAAAUCAUUAUAAAGAGGCAUUGCAUGGAAUUAAGGGAUGAAAAUAUAUAAAAAAUAUAUACUGUAUAUAUUAACUGCAGCACAAAUGAGAGCGUGUGUGCCCUGCGAUGGGUUGGCACUCCGUCCAGGGUGUAUCCUGCCUUGAUGCCCAAUGACACCUGAGGCACAGGCUCCCCGUGACCCGAGAAUUUCGGAUAAGCGGUAGAAAAUGAAUGUAUGAACUGCAGUGCAACAGGGAGAUAAAAAGGAAAUAAGUCUUGAAAUAGUCUUCAAUUGUAUAGAACAUAUAAAUCAUAAUAUUCACUAUGACCUGGAAAUGUUGUACAAGGACUUUAUGGCCCACUUGCUGAAAUGAGAUCUCUUUGUUCAUCCUAUUAAUUAACUGUUUGAUAUUUAUAAUGGCAAAUGCUCAUACUCUGUGUUUGCCAAAGAUACUUUAGCUAUAAUGUAGGAUAAUAGAUUAUAGAUAAUUAUUUAUUUAUAAAUAUUAAUUAAAGCAUAUUUAGAUAGCUUUUGAGAUAGUCCUGGUAAGAAAUAUCAGAUGAAACUGGGCUUAAACACUAAGGGAGAAGACAACAUCAGGAGAGCUGUAAUGAUCAUGCAUGCACUUUACAAUGUGUGUAUAAUAAGGGACAUAUAGUUUAGACCAUAUUAGCUUCUCGCUAAUAUAGGAGUACAUAUUAUUUGUAAGAAUGUACUCAGAUAUUGUUCAUAUUAAUACUAAUAUUAGGAGAUACAGUACAUUAAAUCUCUUGAUGAAGUAUAUCGAUUAUAUAUUAUUGUUGUAUAAAGUAUAAGUUGUAAAAAAAAAUAAACUAUU